CCCAACCGGAUCACGGAGAACCUGGCCGGAGAUUUUGCCUCACCGACUUUCAUUUAUGACAGUUGUACCGUCACCGAGCGAGCAGCACACUUUUAACAAGUGCCUCUUCAUUAGGGUCGUGUUUGUCUCCACGCCCGUGGAAUAACAUCUAAACAUCAACAUAAAUGGAAGGAGAGCCUGAUACCAAUUGUUGAACGAGCUUUCCGGUGAUUGCAAGUGUGAAGCACGAUCUUUGCUUUGAGGUGCACCCUGGAGAAUUGCGUAUAUCGACUCUUUUUCGCGUCUCAUUUUUUGAACUGAAACACACGGCUGCAUCCUAGGUAUUGGACAGUUUAUUGGUUUCCCAUUCUUCUUGGAUAUUUUAUUCGUGGUGCAAAACCUCUAGAGGGAUAAUUCACCGUCGCAUCCCUUUUAAUCUUCACAAUGAAUUACCUGCGACGUCGACUAUCGGACAGUAAUUUCAUGUCCAACUUGCCCAAUGGCUACAUGGGCGAUCUCCAGCGGCCCGAUCCGCCGCAGCAGAGCCCAGCCCCGGUGCUCUCGCCCGGCUCUCAGGAGAGGCGUCAACCCGCCCCCAGCCAGUCCACCGGCGCCGGCUUCUUCUCCUCCAUUUCGAACGCCGUCAAACAGACCACCGCCGCGGCCGCCGCCACCUUCAACGAGGCCACCGAGAGAGGCAUCGGCUCGGGCAAUGCUAAAAUCCUCCUGGUCAUUGACGACCAGCAGACCGACUGGGCAAAGGUGUUCAAAGGCAAAAAGGUUCAUGGUGAUUGUGACAUCAAAGUAGAACAGGCUGAUUUUUCUGAGGUGAAUCUGGUGGCUCAUGCAACGGGAAGCUAUAGUGUGGAUAUUGAGGCCAUCCGCAGUGGCAACAAAAUCACAAAGUGUAUCAAGCCAGAUUUUGUGCUGGUGCGACAGCAUGCGUUCAGUAUGGCCAAGAACGGCGACCACAGGAACAUUGUGAUUGGACUUCAGUAUGCUGGUCUGCCAAGUGUCAACUCUCUUCACUCAGUCUACAACUUCUGUGACAAACCAUGGGUGUUCUCUCAGUUGUCCAGAUUGUACAAGCAGUUGGGUCCAGAGGAGUUCCCACUGAUCGACCAGGUUUACUACCCCAACCACAAGGAGAUGAUUACUACACCUGGCUUUCCUGUGGUAGUGAAGAUGGGUCAUGCUCAUUCUGGCAUGGGAAAGGUCAAAGUAGACAAUCAGUAUGAUUUCCAAGACAUUGCUAGUGUUGUGGCUUUGACAAAGACGUAUGCCACAUCUGAGCCUUUUAUUGAUGCCAAGUAUGACAUCCGAAUCCAGAAAAUUGGGGAAAAUUACAAGGCCUACAUGAGGACAUCCAUAUCUGGCAACUGGAAGACCAACACAGGAUCAGCCAUGCUGGAGCAGGUGGCCAUGUCUGACAGGUAUCGUAUGUGGGUGGAUGUGUGCUCGGAGGUCUUUGGGGGUCUCGAUAUAUGCGCUGUUGAAGCACUGCAUGGUAAAGACGGUCGAGAUUACAUAAUAGAGGUGGUGGGCUGCUCAAUGCCUCUGAUUGGAGACCAGCAGGAUGAGGACCGGGCUCUCAUGGCUGACCUUGUUGUGGCUAAAAUGAACGAGACAGUGCCACGCACUUCAGCUCCCACUACAGUCCGUUCUCAGGGCCCAGCUGUUUCUCCUCAGCCCAUCUCUCAGUCUAGAGUCCCACAGGCACAACAGCGCCCUCCUCCACAGGGAGGCCCUCAACAAGCUGCUGCUAGCACUGCUGCUACCCGUCAAGGAGCACCACCACAGCAGCGGCCCUCUCCUCAAGGCCAGCCUCCUGCCCAAUCCCAGUCUGUGACCAGCCCUAUUGCUCAGAAUCCACCUGCUCAACAACCGCGGCCCAAUCAACCGCCCCAGCGACAGGCCAGUCAAGGUUCAGCAGCUCCACAGAGGCCUCCUGCAGCACAGAUACCUGCUCAGCGUGGCUCUCCUCAGUCACAGAGGCAAGGCGGACCCCAACAAGGUGGUCCUCAAACUGGUGGUCAGAGUCCCAAACCAGCCGGUCAGCCCCAACAGAGGCCUCAGCAGCCAAGACAAGGCCAGCCAACCAGGCAGCCUACCCAGGGUGGCCCACAGCAGACCCAGGACGCCCCACAGCCAGCCCCGCAAGGCAGUCCUCGUCCUCCUACCACACAACAACCACGGCCUACUGCACCGGGACAGGGAGGCCCAGGAGGCACACGCCCUCCCUUGCAGCAGAAACCCCAACCUCCACAGAAACCCAGUCCUGAUCACCCUGCCUUGAGUGGAUCACCGCAGCUUAACAAAUCCCAGUCUCUUACCAAUACAUUCAACAUUCCAGAAACGCCGGCCGCCCAGCACCAAAGUCCUAGUCAGGACGAAGCCAAGGCUGAGACCAUCCGCAACCUUCGGAAAUCCUUUGCAAGCCUCUUCUCCGUGGAAUAAACACACACACACACUCACACAUACACACACACACACACACACACAUACACAGAGAGUCUUACUGACAAAAAACACACAAAUAUAUUAACAAAUACACAAAGAAAGGACCAAUCGCACAUUGCCGUGCAUGUCAAUUUGCAACGCAACACUGAUCAAACACUGCCUGCACUGCUGAAGAUUGCAAUAUGAAGUGAGAUAUCACAACAUUAUUGCAAUAAAAUCUUUUAAGACGACUUAAUUCUGUAGACACAUUCCCAGUUUUGGAGUCCAACUGAUAGAGGGAGGUGUGAAAAUGAAAUAACACACACUGAACACACUCGCACACACACUUUUACACUACCUACACAGUGACUGGACACGUGCUAAUACUUGCCUAUUCAUUCCGGUCUCCUAUGAUUAACUUGUCGCUGGUAAUCUUAGAUUCUUUUUGCAAAUGAAAUGUUUUUGGUGGACAUUUUGUUGUAGAAUCAUCCCCCGCCACGCUUUCUCAGAUAUAUAAGAUAUCUGAAAUAUGUCUGCUAACUGUCAGAAGCAUGUUCUGUUACAACAAGGGGCACCAUCUAAUGAGUUUACCUGUCGUGUGCCACAUUGUAACGUAAGCAGUUUAUCGUACCCGCUUAAGAUUUGGAUUUUUGCAAUGAUUGUGACCCAUUGUGUGAAAAUUUGCACAAGCUUCCAUCGUCAAAAACAAACCCCCGCGGCUGUAAGCUCUACUUUGAAACUGCAUGUCACUUAAGGAGAACGUAGUCGCACAAUGUGGGUGGUCUUGCUUUGUGUCGUGUCGUUGCGCCUAGAUUAGGUAGUUGUAGUAAAAAACGUUUCAUUUUCGUGAGCAAACUGUCGCUGCUUCCCCGACGUCCCUCUUCCUGACUAAAUACACACCCUUUGACGUGUUGCCUUAGCCAGACAGGCAAACAUAAAGAGAUUGGUUUCGUGCAAUCGCAUAUGUCUCAGGGAUGUCCUGAAGAGAAAGGCGCAACUGUUUAGGCGUCAUUGAUCAGGUCUUCCAACCCAUUACUGAAGAGAGUCAUCGCCUGCGAAAGCCAGUAACGGGAGGAAUCUGUCGAAUGUAUUCGUUUGCUACAUAUACAUGUUUGCACACUAAUACUGUAACACUUGAGAACAUAUGAGAUGUGUGGACAGCUCAGGAAGGUUUGUUGCAUUAAGAGAAGGUCUAUUUUGCAUGCCUGGAUGAGCAUGUAGGUGUUUGAAGCUGCUUGUCCAUUGCGCUUGUGGCCCUAUGAAACCGCAAAGCCAAACUAUAAAGCCAAGGAUGCAAACGUCUUCAUAAAAUGAUCAUCUUAAGUUGAGAAGAUGCUCAUCUUGUGUUGGGUUUUAGACUAAACCGCAGCUAGUAGUGUGAUCGUAGUUACACAAUGUGGUACACACUCCUGAAACUUUCGCCAUACCCAAGGAGUUUAGAGCUCAAUCGGCAGUGUCUUCCACAAGUGAGGAUGAAACGUCCCAACACUGGUGUGUUUUAGGCAAUAUAUUUAGUCAAGGUCAUUCCAGGAGUCCCGACCCAUCCCGAAACCUGCCCCGCUUCCCGCUCACCAGCCUGUUGUGUAUUCACAGUGAUCCUUUUGUGACAAAUGGUGCGUUAAUUUGUAUAUAUAUAUAUGUAUAAUGUAAUGUUGUACCGUAAACUGUCUAAACCAAAUAGAAGUGUUGUACAGAUCUUAACUCAACAAACGAUGCAAAUGUCCUGUAUUUGAUUUUACUCCCAAAAAGGUGAUUGUUGUGGAUCUUGUGUGACUGGAUUUUCCUCAAUCAGAUAAGAAUUAGGUUGUGCAGUAUGUCCUCUGUAAACUUAACCUAACAGGUACGUGUUCUUUAUUUCAUCCAUUUUGUGACAAUUGCAGUUGUCAAUCUUCAGCGUGUCCAUUGAUAUGAUUGUAAGUGGCUUGAUUGGUUCACAUAUGUGGUAAUGUAGAUGGUCCACCAUGAUUUUUAUGUGGCUCAGGCAAACUUUCAGUGCUCUUCUAUGUGGUUUAUGUUUUUUAGUAUAAUAUGUAUGUUAAAUGAUGGCUUUAAUGAAUGUCUAAUGAAUAGCUGUUUCACUGAUUUAAUCAAGUUUGGAGGCAAAUGAAAUGUGGAUGAUUUAUCUGAAUGUUGCAGUACCUGCGGGGAACCCAUGCCUGAGGUUUGUAGUUCAUACUUUGAUUUUUUGUGGCAUUUACAUUUGUGUACCUUUUUUAUAUACAAAGGAACAGCGUCCUUUUAAUGAAAAUGUGUUGAAAUGAGUUAUAAUUUCUAAAUAGGUUUAUCCUGUUCUGACUGUUUGAAACUCAGUGAAUUUUAUUGUCUGUUUCAUGCCUGCCAGUUGUAUAAAGAAAGGAAGAUAUAAAAUGAAAUCACAGAUCUAUAUAUAUAUAUAGAGAGAGAGAUUAAGUCUUAAAUCCUAUUAAAAUGAGAAAUAUUGUUAAACAUUGUGUAGUAUUACACAAACAGAUGCAACUUUGAUGUGAUUUUCAAUGUAGCUUAAUAAUGGUGUCAAAUUACUAUGCUAAAAUGUGCACAUAAUCAAUAAAGUCUAUCAAAUAAA